UCUGGGGACCGUAUUUAUGAACGGACUGCGCGGUGUUAGGAGUCAUUUAGCGCUUAUCUGCAUAUUAACGUGUAAAAUGUCGUUAUUAUCACAGUAUUCAGUCACAUAAGCCAAAUAAAAAUGUUUCUUAGUUGUAGACAGUGAAGACUGAACACUAGUUUACACUCGACACAACAUGGCGGCGCCCGUUGCUGUCGUGUCCUCAUCAAACUGACCGGUAUUUUGGAAACUAAUCACAACAGAGAAGAUGUUACUGACAGCUCGCAGCCUGUCCAAAGUGCUGCAGCUCACCCUGGCGGUCAUCAAGCCGGAUGCUGUGGCUCAUCCAGUGAUGCUGGAGGCUCUUCACCGGAGAAUCCUGGACGACAACUUUGUGAUCGUCAGAUGCAAAGAUCUCGUGUGGAGGCGACAGGACUCUGAGAGGUUUUACGCCGAACAUUCAGGGAGAUUCUUCUACCAAAGACUUGUUGAAUUCAUGUCAAGCGGUCCGAUGCGAGCGUACAUUUUAGCCAGAGAGGACGCCAUACGCCACUGGAGAGAAGUGAUGGGGCCGACCAAAGUGUUCAGAGCGCGGUACACCUCGCCUGCUUCCAUCAGGGGCCAGUUUGGACUGACAGACACAAGAAACACGACUCAUGGCUCAGAUUCUGUUGAGUCGGCACAAAGAGAAAUCCGUUUCUUCUUCCCGGACUUCUGCAUGGAGGAGUGGAUGGAGAAGGAAGAGCCCUCGUUCAGAUCAGGACAAAUACGUUACGACCAUGAAAAACUGAUUCACACGCUUUCAACGCAAAGCUGAUCCCAGAGCUGCUGUUACAGUCAAUUAUCUCGGACCUCAGUUCAGAAAUGAUCCCAGAAAUGACGAUCCCAGAAAAGUGCACGUUGCCUGUUCUUAUGUUUUUGUUGUUACUGUUUGUCAGCACGGUUCCUUAAAGUGCCAACAGAUUGCUCGAGCA